CAGGGGCAGACUGACCAUUUGGAAACUCGGGCACUGCCCGAGGGCCCAGGGUCAGUAGGGGGCCCCAUGAGAUGCCCCUGGUACCUUUUUCAUAGGCUUUUUUGAGUUUGGGCAAGGACACAGGGGCCCCAUGAUCAACUAUUGCCCGGGGGCCCCAUGAGUUGUCAGUCCGCCCCUGCUUCUAUGAUCUGCUUGUUGCUGCCUGUCAGUGCCCAUCAGUGCCGCCUAUCAGUGCCCAUCAUUGUUGCAUAUCAGUGC